CUGCUCGCCCCGCGCGGCAGGCGGGUCCCGCCGACCGGAGAGAGCUUGGGCGGCCUUUCUAGAUAGCGGUAUCCGUGGCGGUAGCGGCCAGGCCGUGAGGGUCUCCUUGCUUUGGUCGGGCUGCGGGCAGCUCGGGCAGGCCGCGGGUGCUGGAGGUGGAAGAAGAAAGGUGCCACUUUGGCAUGAAGACAGACUCGCUUAGUCGUCAGUCAUUUAAGCUGAGUGCAUUGUGAUUUCCAAUAAUUGAGGCAGUGGUUCUAAAAGCUGUCUACAUUAAUGAAAAGAGCAAUGUGGCCAGCUUGACUAAGCCGCCAGCGUGUGCAGCGCGGGCAGGACGGUACCCGGGUCUCAACGGACUUGUGCAUGUUAGCUGUAUAGAUUUAUGUAAGGUUUUUUAAAACUCUGGUCUUUUAAAAUAGUCUUAACCACUUUUACUAUGGAGACAUAUGAGAGUCCCUCUCCUCUCCCGCGUGAGCCCGCAGGAGAAGCAGUGAUGGAGAACCGAGCUUGCCCCCUCCAAGCGCUGCCCCGUGAACAGUCUCCACCACCUCCCCUGCAAACGUCCAGUGAUGCAGAGGUAAUGGACGUUGGCUCUGGUGGUGAUGGACAGGCCGAAUCCCCUGCUGAGGACCCGCUCAACUUCUACGGAGCUUCUCUUCUCUCCAAAGGAUCCUACUCUAAGGCCCGCCUCCUCAUAGACCCGAACUGUAGUGGCCACAGCCCGCGCACCGCCCGGCACGCACCUGCGGUCCGGAAGUUCUCCCCUGACCUUAAGUUGCUUAAGGAUGUAAAGAUUAGCGUGAGCUUUACCGAGAGCUGCAGGAGUAAGGACAGGAAGGUGCUGUACACAGGAGUGGAGCGCGACGCUCGCGCAGAUUGCGGUCUGGCCCUUAGCCCUGUCAGUGGAGACGUGCAUGCUUGUCCUUUUGGCGGGAGUGUUGGGAACGGGGUAGGCGUAGGGGGUGAGAGUGCUGAUAAGAAGGAUGAGGAGAAUGAGCUGGAUCAGGAAAAGAGAGUGGAGUACGCAGUGCUCGAUGAGUUAGAAGAUUUUACUGACAAUUUGGAGCUAGAUGAAGAAGGAGCAGGCGGGUUCACGGCUAAAGCAAUCGUGCAGAGAGACAGAGUGGAUGAAGAGGCCUUGAACUUCUCCUAUGAGGAUGAUUUUGACAACGAUGUCGAUGCUCUGCUGGAAGAGGGCCUUUGUGCUCCCAAAAAGAGGCGAAUGGAAGAGAAAUAUGGAGGAGACAGUGACCAUCCGUCUGAUGGAGAGACAAGUGUGCAGCCAAUGAUGACCAAGAUUAAAACAGUGCUAAAAAGUCGUGGCCGUCCUCCUACGGAACCGUUGCCUGAUGGAUGGAUCAUGACAUUCCAUAACUCUGGAGUCCCCGUGUACCUACACAGAGAGUCUCGGGUGGUCACCUGGUCCAGGCCGUACUUCCUGGGAACGGGAAGCAUACGGAAACAUGAUCCUCCUCUGAGUAGCAUUCCCUGUCUGCAUUAUAAGAAAAUGAAGGAUAAUGAGGAAAGAGAGCAAAGCAGUGAGCUUGCCCCCAGUGGGGAAGUGUCCCCUGUCAAGCCACUGAGCCGAUCUGCGGAGCUGGAGUUCCCCCUGGAAGAGCCUGACUCCAUGGGAGCUGACUCAGGGCCCCCUGAUGAGAAGGACCCGCUGGGGGCUGAGGCUGCCCCUGGGGCCCUGGGGCAGGUGAAGGCAAAGGUCGAGGUGUGCAAGGAUGAAUCAGUUGAUCUUGAGGAAUUUCGGAGCUACUUGGAAAAGCGUUUUGACUUUGAGCAAGUCACUGUGAAGAAAUUCAGGACUUGGGCUGAGCGGCGGCAGUUUAACCGAGAAAUGAAACGGAAACAGGCAGAGUCUGAGAGGCCCAUCUUGCCAGCCAAUCAAAAACUCAUCACUCUGUCUGUGCAGGAUGCACCCACAAAGAAAGAGUUUGUCAUUAACCCCAACGGGAAGUCCGAGGUCUGCAUCCUGCACGAGUACAUGCAGCGAGUUCUCAAGGUCCGCCCUGUUUAUAAUUUCUUUGAAUGUGAGAACCCAAGUGAGCCUUUUGGUGCCUCGGUGACCAUUGAUGGUGUGACCUAUGGAUCCGGAACUGCAAGCAGCAAAAAACUUGCGAAGAAUAAAGCUGCCCGAGCUACGCUGGAGAUCCUUAUCCCUGACUUUGUCAAACAGACCUCUGAGGAAAAGCCCAAAGACAGUGAAGAGCUUGAGUAUUUUAACCACAUCAGUAUCGAGGACUCACGGGUCUACGAGCUGACCAGCAAGGCCGGACUGUUGUCUCCCUAUCAGAUCCUUCACGAGUGCCUUAAAAGAAACCAUGGAAUGGGUGAUACAUCCAUCAAGUUUGAAGUGGUUCCUGGUAAAAACCAGAAGAGUGAAUAUGUCAUGGCGUGCGGCAAACACACAGUGCGCGGCUGGUGUAAGAAUAAGAGAGUUGGAAAACAGUUAGCCUCUCAGAAAAUCCUUCAGCUGCUGCAUCCACAUGUCAAGAAUUGGGGGUCUUUAUUGCGCAUGUAUGGUCGCGAAAGCAGCAAGAUGGUCAAGCAGGAGACCUCGGACAAAAGUGUGAUUGAGCUGCAGCAAUAUGCCAAGAAGAACAAGCCAAACCUGCACAUCCUGAGCAAACUACAGGAGGAGAUGAAGAGGCUGGCUGAGGAGAGGGAGGAGACACGAAAGAAACCCAAGAUGUCUAUUGUGGCGUCUGCCCAGCCUGGUGGCGAGCCCCUGUGCACUGUGGACGUAUGAGGGAGGCAGCAGGGUCAGGCGCGGGGACUGCCAGCUCUGCUGCCAGGGAGACCUCACGCCACUCACUCUGCAGCCUCGGGCCUCCGAUCUGAGUUCCUCCCCUGCGGCCAGGCUUCUGCCGUCAGGGCCAGAGGGGUGGGGCUCUGGUGCGUGGGGACAGCAGGGCCACGAAGCUCUUCCUUGGGGGCCGCCCACAGGUCUGAGUGGGCGUGUUCAAGGAUGGACUCUGCUUGUCCACACAGGUGGAAGCCAAGAGCUUGACAAUAACUGUGGACAACCUCUGCUUAUGUGGACUUGCUGCAGACUGGUUUGAUGAAGGUUUUCAUGUGUGUCAGUACAUAACAUGCACUGACAAAUGUCAGAUAAAAUGAGAAAGUGGUGGCAAAGUUCUGUGGUACCCUGUGCCCAGGGUUCCCGCAGACCACUGCAGGGACCUGGUCAGAAGGCGCACGCUGGGACCCCCAUCCCCUUCCCUGCCUCUUGUGUUUUCCCUUUUUCUCUGAAAAGGUUACAACAGGAAGGAGUAUUUCAGACCUUUUUGGUUUAAAAUAAACACAAUUUUAGAAUCAGAACUAUUUUUCAGAGAUUGUAGGCAAACCCUCAAGGUGAUUAUUUGCCAUCCUUGAAAUGCAUUGCCAGUGUAUGCCUGGCUUGUUGCCCUGGUCCUGGGUUGGCGUGCGGUCCAUUUUUCUGAGUAAGUCUUAAUGUCCUAAAAACACGCCUUCUUAAGACACUGAGGCCCCUCACCUUCACUGGCCUCUGGCAACUUUUUACUAAUGAUUUUUGCACAGUCAAGUCCAUCUGUCCACCCAUCAAUUUUUAAAGCUUUUAUGAAAUUUUAGCAUUUGGAAAGAAACUUUUACAGUGAGAGUAGAAGGUAGAUUUGGAGUCACGUAGCAGAUAUAAACAAGUUAAUGCAUUUUAGCACGGGGAUUUUAAAAGAGGAAAUAAGGACCCUCAGUGCAAUCCAUCCGUGAUCACAAAGUGGCGCUCUUCUCCAGACCUGGCAUAAACACAUGGAUGGUGGCGGUCUUCCCUGUGACAAUGGCUUCACUGGAUUUCAAGGGCAGUUGCUCUAUGCAUCCAGGCCUGGUGGCCAGCCUGUUACUUUGACCAGCAGCCUGUGUUUUCCAAGUGGCUCCUGUGGACCAGUGCAGGGAUAAGUGUGUUCCUGCCCUGAACCCCAGAGGAUGUGGGUGUGCUUAGGGCCCUUGGUUGUCCCCAUGUGCAAGGUACAGGUAGUCAUCAGUUCCCUGUCACCAGGGCCUGCUCAGGGUGCUGUGUGCUCAUGGUGCACUGUCAGCUGCAGGAGCCCAGUGCUGGGUUGCAUUGUCACAUUCCACGGGUGUGCCUGUUCUCCAUCAUGUCCCCCGUGGUUGGUGUUGAUGGCAUUUGUUUUCAGGAAGACAAUGUUGGGUCUUGUGUGCCACCCACAGUGUAUCCCUCCCUUGCCACCUAUGUGACUGAGGUUGGCUUCUGUGUUGACGUUUAUAAACAAAACCCUUAAAUCAAGUUGCUGUAAUUAGACACUUGCUUCUGUCUUGCCUCCUGUCUGCAGCUGUGAAUAAUCAUUUGACUGUGUUUGCUCUCAGAACAGCCAGAUGCGCCAUUGUGAACCAAAGCUUCGUGCACACGUUAAUAGAGGCAGCGAGCUUUGCUGCAGCCUCCCCGUGUCCUUCCUCUGUCCCUCCUAUGUGGGUGUGAGUGUUGUGUGCACACAGCCAUGCUGUGGCUGCAGAGGGCAGGUGGAGUCUGUACUCAUGCCACCUCCAUGUGGCCACUGCCUGUUGUGUACCUUCCAGGUGGUGGCUAAGCUGUGGCUUUAAGGGUGAGCCUUGAUUGUCUGAAUGCAUAAAGCAAAACUGUCCCAAAA